AAGAAGCAAAUCUCGUGGCUGUCGAAGGAUAGAACCAAUGGCCGUCUGACGGUGUCACCGCCACCUUCUCAGUGGCGGCUAUUCUCGAAUGUAGACGAUUCUUGCCAGCUAAUAACUGCUCUUCAAAGACAUUUAAUAGGGCUCGGCAGUGACGCUCGUUUAGGUCUCAGAUCUCGGGUGCUGGUAUCUAUCUUCUAGCCACAUAAUGGAACAUACUUUGCAAUUAUCUGUUCUGACCCUGUCUCGCGUAAGUAUAUUUAUCCACUAUCGCGUUGACUAUUGAUUUUAGAAUAUCAAGACGUCAUCGAGAGAGACUAUGGAUCCCAAGCAAUUCGAAGGCGUACCAACUCUCCAUGCGAAGGUUUUUCUGACAUCAACAUGACGCCUUGCUCCACCUCCUUCGAUUCUUAAAAGAUUCCACCCUUCUGAGCAGUCCCGCAUCGUUCUCCUGUACCAACUAGUACUGGGCUCAUCCUUACCAUGGCCCAGCCCAGUGAAUUCGAAUUCGACGCCGCAUCUGAAUCUUCCCGUUCUCCAUCGCCUGUUCCUCAACGCAGGAUCCGCCGUCGCAACCAUCGUCGAGGUAACAACGACCAAAACUUGGGAGAUGGUGGUGGGGAAAGCCUCUCAGGUUUGGGGGGAGCUGUGAAGGGAGUAACAGGUGGUCUGGGAAAUCAGCACUCUGGCGGCGGGAAGAACACCUUAAAACUCAGACUGGAUCUCAAUCUCGCCGUGGAUAUUUCAAUCAAGGCGAGGGUGCAUGGUGAUGUUUCGCUUUCGUUGCUGUAAGUAUAUUCGGUCACUUGCUUGGACGCCAGUUCAUUGAUUUGCUAGCGGCUGAAUUUCAUUUUCAUAGUGCUUGAUUUUCAUUCGAACAGUUCGCGGUGUUGGUCGAGUAAUUAAAUAUCGGACGUUGACUGAUGCAGUAAAGAGAGUAGCUUACGAUGGUUAAAAAAUACAAUAUAUGGCCUACAUAUCCCGAUAGCCAUACAUACAUCUAUUUUAUCGUUUUUCAUCCACUACGUAUGAAUGGAAAGAAUGGAAAGAAAAUCAAAGGAUUAUGCCAAUGGAGCAUCUACUUACGGAGUUGAAGUUGUUUACGGUACGUCUGAU